GUCCGAUAUAUAUCCUAAACGCUUUUAACCGCAAAACUCUUUGCCCUCUUCUUCUUCCCCUUUCUCCCCGAUUUGAUCCGUCGGUUGCGUCAUGUCAUCGUCUGAUCCGCCGCGCCACCGAUUCUCCGCGGUAGUACUAACUCUCCUUCUGCUAGGAUUCUCCGUCGCGGUGGCAGACGAUGCGUCUUGGAGCGAAGAUACAACAAGCAGCAGCCUCGAGACUCCUGGCUGUACCAAUAAGUUUCAAAUGGUUAAGAUCUUGAACUGGGUUGAUGGUGUUGAGAGUGACGACUUCCUCACCGGUUUAACCGCUCAAUUCGGAGCGUCUUUGCCUUCUGAUCCUGACCAAUCCGUUAGAUCUCCUGUUGCCUUUGUACAUCCGUUGGACUCGUGUUCCAAUCUCUCUUCUAGGUUAGAUGGACGUAUUGCCUUGUCGAUCCGUGGGAGCUGUGCUUUCACAGAGAAGGCGAAACAUGCUGAGGCAGCUGGUGCUUCUGCUCUGCUUGUUAUUAAUGACAAAGAAGAUCUUGAUGAGAUGGGAUGUAUGGAAAAGGACACAUCUUUGAAUGUCAGCAUACCUGUCUUAAUGAUCUCUAAGUCAAGCGGGGAUGCUCUCAACAGGUCUAUGGUAGAUAACAAGAGUGUUGAGCUUCUGUUGUAUGCACCAACUCGUCCUGCUGUGGACCUCACAGCAGGAUUGUUGUUACUCAUGGCUGUUGGAACUGUUGUCGUUGCAUCUCUGUGGUCAGACCUUACAGAUCCUGACCAAGCUAAUGAAUCUUACAGCAUAUUAGCAAAGGAAUUUAACAGUGCUGGAACCAGAAAAGAUGACCCAGAGAAGGAGAUCCUUGAUAUAAGUGUCACUGGUGCUGUAUUUUUUAUAGUAACAGCGUCCAUUUUUCUGCUACUUCUUUUCUACUUUAUGUCAUCAUGGUUUGUAUGGGUGCUCACCAUAUUCUUCUGCAUCGGUGGCAUGCAGGGUAUGCAUAACAUCAUUACGGCAGUUUUGCUGAGAAAAUGGAGACAUCUUGGUCGGAGAUCUGUGAACCUCCGUUUGCUUGGGACAAUGUCAUGGAUGUCACUUUUGGUGAAUAUCUUUUGUCUAGCGUUUGCUGUCUUCUGGUUUGUGAAACGGCACACAUCUUAUGCUUGGGCUGGGCAAGACAUCUUGGGCAUCUGUCUGAUGAUCACAGCCUUGCAAGUUGUUCGAUUACCUAACAUCAAGGUUGCUACUGUUCUUCUUUGCUGUGCGUUUGUCUAUGACAUCUUCUGGGUCUUCAUAUCACCAUUGAUAUUUCACGAGAGUGUUAUGAUUGUGGUUGCCCAAGGAGACAGCAGCAGUGGGGAGUCCAUUCCUAUGUUACUGAGGAUUCCUCGGUUUUUCGAUCCUUGGGGUGGCUAUGACAUGAUUGGUUUUGGGGACAUCCUCUUCCCCGGUUUGCUCAUUUCCUUUGUUUCCAGAUAUGACAAGGUCAAAAAGAGAGUAAUCUCAAGUGGAUACUUCCUUUGGUUGACUAUAGGCUAUGGAGUUGGUCUGUUACUGACAUAUCUAGGUCUAUAUCUAAUGGACGGACAUGGCCAGCCUGCGCUACUGUACAUCGUACCAUGCACACUCGGUUUGGCCGUCGUUCUGGGGUUGGUAAGAGGAGAGCUUAAAGAACUAUGGAACUACGGUAUCGAGGAAACAGAGUCUCACACGCCGGAGGAUCCUCUGCCUGUGGCAUAGAAACAUGAUUCAACAAAUCUAAUGGUGUGCGACCAAACGAACCAGAUCAGCUUUCCCCUGAUCAUCGAGCACAACUUGAAAAGGAAAGGUUCUGUAGUAAGACUCAUGUCGACAUGUUUGUACAGAGUCCAUAUAAUCUUCUUGAGUUCAGACACACACAGUAACCAUUACUCCGUAGUAUUUCAAGUUUUUUCAAAGUCCCUUUUGUUAAAUACAUAUAUAGUCAUCUUUCAGUUCCAUAAAAACUUUCAACGUUUGUCAUAUAAAA